GUCGAUAAUAAUACAGACUAAAAUUAAUUUAAUAAUUUGUAAUCAAUAAUUAAAACGAACAGAAAGUAAAGACUAUAAAAUUAUUCUCGUAUGAAUUAGCAUUAAUUAAAUUAUUAUACAAUAUGAUCAAUGAUUUUAAUGAAUAUGAUUUGUUAAUUUUGCUUCUCGUAUCAUAUUAGAGCCACUCAUCAUUUAGUAUAUUCAUAAGAUGUCACUAUGACACUAGAUUGACUGGCUGCUAAACUAAAACGCAUGAUUGCUUCGAACGUGAAUUCACCAAUAAAACUUAACUAAAAUUAACCUCUUUCUAUAUCUUUAAUUGAAAAUUUUUAAAAUAGGUUUUAAAAACAAAAAAAAACGGGAUACGGGUUUUUCUCGCCUUCGUUUAAACUAUCUCCAGUUUCAGUGAAAAAUACUUCCGGCUCGACCAAUAUCUGUCAACAUAUUUCACGUUCGACUUGAAAACAUCACAAAAACUUGCUUUCAUUGACAACUAUCUUGUGCAACAUAAUGGCUUUUAAAUGAUUACCUCCGACAAAAAGUUCCAUACAAUAUUCCUGUACGCUCUUUACGUACGAUUUCGUAUCUAAAGGAAAUCACCCAACGAGUUUGCGUAGAGCGAUAUAAUAUUGUAAAAAAUCUGAAAUAUAAUAAACGAUCAUUAUAAGUACACAACAAUUUGUAAAUUAAUGUCAUAAUUUAUAUGAGAUGCGUGUGCGGCGAUGAGGGCGGUCGAUACACAGACUCAGCAGGCGUGCGGCGUCUUCGCGUCUCCAUAGUGACCCGUCGUGGAGUACAUAAGCGAUCGCACGGCAAGCCUGCCGCACAGAACGCUGUAACCUGGUGAGCGCGCCGCACAUAGUGCAGCGGAUCCCCGGGAAAUUCAAAUAAUAAAAGAAGUUUGACGUUUCGUAAAUUACGAGUGAGAACAUUUUAUAUUCUAGUUACGAAUCUCAACUUAAACGUGAAAACCAACUUAAGUUCAGAGUGUUGUGUAUAAACUUUUUAAUUAAAAUGAUUCCCUUAGUGUUGUUUGUUUUGGGAGCUAUUCUCGCAACAACAGAAGGUUGUGGCCCAGGAAAGCAGUUAUUAAAAUCUGGAGGUUUGACUGCUUACGAGAAACAGGCCAUUGUGGACGCACACAACCGUCUCAGACAGACUGUUGCUCUCGGACAAAUUACCAAACAGCCCCCAGCAGCUAACAUGAUGGAAAUGAUUUGGGACGAUGAAUUGGCAGCUACUGCUCAACGCUGGUCCGAUCAAUGUAUACCCGCUCACGACCGCGCUGCCCAACGUGAUUUGGGCAGAUUCCCUGUUGGACAGAACCUCGCAGCCACUUGGACAACUCGUCCACCAACUGAACCAUCCGACUCUGCGCCUGACUUCCAGAAGCAAAUCAAUGCUUGGUUCGAUGAAGUCGGUAAAUACGGCUUCAAGCCUAUCACGGGAGGUCAUGGCACUGGACACUAUUCACAGUUGGUUUGGGGCGAGACCUCACAUGUGGGUUGUGGCUACACUUUCUACUACGAUCCGUCCAAGGGCUACACGAAACUGUAUGUGUGUAAUUACGGCCCCGGCGGUAACGUCAUAGGAUCCAAUCCUUACGAAAAAGGCUAUCCCGCGUGCAGUACCUUUGGUCUUACGGAAUCACGAAAAUAUUCGGGACUUUGUGUUGCCAGUUUCACCUCGUCAUCAUACCAAGAAAACUCGAACAGCUACAUCUCUAAUGCCAUCCCCGACAGCACGGGCGAGACUCAAACCUACAACUAUCAAUACAGGAACCAAUUUUACAAUCAGUACAACAACCAAUACCAGUAUCAAUACCAGCAGCCAGAAACGUACUACCAAACUGAGACCUCCUCAUUCAGGCCGUUGCUCAGUAUCUUCAAAACCGCUACAAAUCUGUUCACAAAACCGAAAUCUCAGGUUCAGAUUGGCACUGUUUUCGUAUAGAGACUUCUUCAGUGUGAAAUAUAUUAAUACAUAGCAGUAUUUUCUAAAUUAUUGUGACGGUUAUGUUACUAGACUGAUUAUUCGAAGUCUCUGAUUACAGCGCUUCGGAACAUUGUAAAUAGUAUUGUUACUCCUUGGUUUUACAAGGAAUUAAUUAAGCCUAAAUAUACAAACUAUGUGAGGGUCUCAGUGAUAAAAAAAUAAAUUGCUGUCGAGAAUGGCCUUCUAGUAUUAGCUAAAGAUAUGAGUUUUGUUAUGUUAAUAUAAAAUAAAUUAAUUUUAUAAAAUA